GAACAGUACGCAUGCGUCAGAUACAUGUCCAUGUGUCCAGUGUACUCUUCGUGUUUAGUGAGAAAGCUGCCUUUCAUCUAUAAACACCUGUAUCACACAACUGCCUGUCCUCUUUUGAUACAUAAUCGCAUCUUUAUUGGAGUUAAAAACCAUUUUAACUUUUCAAAACUCCUUCAAACAGCUGUUUCAGCAAGUCAAAAACGAACAUUGAUCUCAGUUAAUUUGUCCGUCGCCGGUCGAUCUUUUGAAACAUUUUUAUAUUUAAGAAAAUUUGUUCUGUUAGAUUUUCAUCGGCAGCUGUGCUUAUCAGUCUGUUGUGCUCCGAGAUUUACAGCUAAUUUCAAUUAUUGUCGCAAUAUGUCUGGAAAUAAUUCAAAAGGAAUUAAUCUCUCUGGAGUGGAACUUGACUGGGAAUGGAAUGUCGAUAAAAUAGCUAAAGUCACUGAAGAAAUAAUGGUUAAAUCGAAGGCAGUCCAUGAUAAAGUCGGUACUUUGAAAUAUGAUGAAAUAAAUUAUGAUACUGUAAUAAAGCCUCUUGCAAUAGAUGCUGCAGAGUAUGAAGUGCAACGAAAUAACAUAGAAUUCAUAAAACAAGUAUUUUCUAAUAAAAUACUCCGUGAUGCAAGUGUGGAAGCUGAUAAAAAGUUGUCUAAGUUUGAUGUUGAAAUGAGCAUGCGGCAAGAUGUCUUUGAUUCUAUUGUAACUUUCUCUGAAAAGAAUCAAAGUACUUUGACUGGAGAAACCAAACGAUUAGUGGAACGUCUUAUAAAACUUGGCAGAAAAAAUGGUUUACAUCUACCGAAAGAAACCCAAGACAAAAUCAUGAAAAUCAAAAAAAGAAUAAGCGAAUUGGCUAUUGAAUUCAACAAGAAUGUAAUUGAAGAAAAUUCUGUUGUGGAGUUUUCUACUGAGGACUUGAUUGGGUUGCCAGAGUCUUUCAUAAGUUCCCUAGAAAAGACUGACGAUGGCAAAUACAAAGUAACCUUAAAAUAUCCACAUUAUUUUCCAAUCAUGAAAAAAGCACAUAAUCCUGAAACUCGAAAGAAAUUGGAUUAUAUUUUCCAUUCACGAUGUAUUAAAGAAAACGUUCCAAUUCUUGAAGAAGUAGUCAAAUUACGUCAUGAGCAAGCCAAUCUGCUAGGCUAUAAGACACAUGCUUCAUGUGUCUUAGAUAUGAGAAUGGCAAAAACCCCAGAAAUUGUACAGAAAUUUUAUGCAGAACUAUUGCCCAAACUGAAAAUGAUAUAUGAAAAAGAAAUGAAAUACUACUUGAAAUACAAGAAGGAAAUGUGUGAGAAACACAACUUUGAAUUUGAUGGAAAGCUAAACAUAUAUGAUAUGCGUUAUUGCAUGAAUUUACUAGAGGAGAAAGAUUUUGCUAUUGAUGAGGAUAAACUUCGUGAAUAUUUCUCAGUGGAAAUUGUUACUGAAGGCCUUCUGAGUAUAUACCAGAAUUUACUUGGGUUAACGUUUGCAAAAAUAGAAAACCCACCUGUCUGGCAUCCAGAUGUCACAAUGUACAGUGUGACAGAUACCGACAGUAAUAAACUUUUGGGUUAUUUCUACUUGGAUUUAUUUCCUCGAGAGGGAAAAUACACUCAUGCAGCUUGCUUUGGCCUACAGCAAGGCUGUGACAAUGCGAAUGGUCAGCGCCAAAUAUCUGUGGCAGCUAUGGUUGCCAACAUUGUGAAACCAACUGCAGAUAAGCCAUCACUUUUAUCUCAUGAAGAGGUCCAAACAUAUUUUCAUGAAUUUGGUCAUGUGAUGCACCAGAUUUGCUCAGAAACAAAAUAUAUACAUUUUAGUGGAACUAAUGCUGAACGAGAUUUCAUUGAAGCUCCUUCCCAGAUGUUGGAAAACUGGGUAUGGGAAGAAGAGCCUCUUCGACUAAUGUCCAGACACUACAAAGAUGGAAGUCCAAUACCUGAUGAUAUGAUCCAUAAUUUGAAGAAGUCAAGAAAAGCAAAUGCUGGUGUCUUUAACUUAAGACAAAUGUUGAUUGGGCAGUUUGACCAGUGUAUACAUAAACAACCUCAGGUGGAUACAAAGAAAGUUUUUGACAACUUGUGCUUGGAACUGUUGAAUAUACCCUGUGUUCCUGGUACAAACUUUUCUGCAACAUUCAGUCAUAUUGUCAAUGGCUAUGAUGCUCAGUACUAUGGUUAUUUGUGGAGCGAAGUGUUCAGUGUGGAUAUGUUUGCAUCAAGAUUUUCUAGAGAAGGAAUAAUGAAUGCUUCAGUUGGAAGAGAUUACCGAAAAUAUAUUCUUGCACCUGGAGGGUCAAUUGAUGCUGAUGAAAUGCUACGCAAUUUCCUUGGUCGAGAUCCAUCAAAAGAGGCCUUUUUGAUUAGUAAAGGUCUUGAAGUUUAAAUGAAAAAUUUGGCCCGAAAAUGUAAAAGAGAAUGAAGAAGGAUAUUUUAUCAACUCCUGCUCCAGUUGCUAUUUAUAUAAUUGUAAUAUUAAUAAAUUUUGGGUUUAAAUUGUCCAGGAUCUGUUGUAAAUUUCAGAAAUGCUA